AUGGUGAACGAGCCUUCAGGAUCGUCCACGACGAACAACAGAAGCAGCAGCAUUAUGGCUCACCAUCUUCAGAAGAAACCCAUUGAACAACAGCCCAUCAUGGUGAAUUUGGAAUCGGGCAAUGGUAGUGGUGGACAGGAGAAUAAAAAUGUACAACGAAGGAAGGCCAUCAUCACUUUUCUGUUUCAAAAAACAUCGAUAUGGGCCAUCAUUACUCUCGGAAUUUGUUGUGUGUUUGGGUUGAUUUCCAUUAUAUUGGGAGGAAUUGCGGACAACUCGAUAGAUUUAACGGAAUUAACAGUAGCUGUUCCAUGUUUGAUUCAAACACAUCGAAUGAAUUGUACGAAUGAUUGUAUCAAUAAUGGUUUGGACAUUGUUCCAAGUAAUACGACCAUUUCAAAUUGCAGAACUUUUUGUAAAUCACAAGUACUUGUGAUGUUACCUUCUUCAUUUAAUACGACAACGAGCAGAUUGAAUCAAACAAGAAUUACAUUGCCAUAUGCAAUGUCAACCACGUAUUUUAAUUAUGCUGUAGGAACAACUACAAAAUGUUUCAUUAAUCCAUACACCAUUGAUCAAAAUGAUGCAAAUACGGCCUUUGCUUAUACCAUAGGGCCAAGGUUAGGCAUGAGAGUUGCUGCUAUUGUGUUGGGAUGUGUUGCUUUGGGGUGCUUUAUUUAUCUGGGAGUGUUUGUGGCGUUCGAGGUGUUUAAACGUUGUGCCAAGUAG